AUGAUGCAAAGCGUUCAACAGUUGGAGCUUGGUGAUGAUUUGUGGUUUCAGCAUGAUAAUGAUCCCAAGCAAUCGGCAUAUAAUGUUAAGCUGUGGUUGCUGUAUAACACAAAGCACCAAUUGCGCACCCCGCCCCAAUCCCCAGAUCUCAAUCCUAUUGAGCAUUUUUUGGAGCGCAGGAUCCGUCAGCACAAUAUUUCUACUUCGUCUGAAGCAUGCAAUGCAAAUAGAAGUGAGGAAAGUUCUUACACAGAAAAUGAUCAGCCAAUUAUGAAAAAAGACCAAGAGACAUAUCAAUUUAAUCCAGAACAUAAAAUAACUUUGGGCCACCCUUUAGCAUCUAAAACUGGCAUGAUAAAUAAUAAAUCACAAAGUUUACAUGCAAAGCAAACAAUUUCAGAUAAUAAGAUAUCACCUGGGGUUAAUAAUAACAUACCUAUAGAAAAAAAAUUCAUUCCGAAUGACCUACUCGAGUUAGAAGAAGAAACCGUAUAUGGUUCUCCACCAGCAUGCAGUAAAAUGACUGCGGACCACAGAAAUAAGGAAAAAGAUACAGAAACAGCAUGCAACGUAACAGAUGAAUCAUCUUCCAUAGUCUCGGAAGAAUGUUAUACCAAAAACAUCGAAAAGAGAAAAACUGCAAGCAACGAUCAGGAAAAAAUUUCAAAUUUGAUUGCAAGCGGUUCACAAAUUGAUGAAAAUUUACUGAGUUUUGAAAACCAGGUUAAUUUCGGAGCAGGAGCAAAUGCUAACUGUACCAUUAGAAAAGAUUAUUCAAAUAUUGUGGAAAGCGAUCAACAAAUUCCAUCUCAUUUUAUUGAAAUUGCAAAUAUGGCUGAAGGACCAGAAAUAGAUGGUACAUCAGUCUCACCCAAUCCUACAGAAACCACUAAUUUAGAAGUGGAUCCGGAGGUCUGUAUUCAAGAUAAUGUCAAUAAAGUGAAAUCAAAAUUAUAUUUAAAAGAACUACAAAUUUCCGAUUCCGACAUAAAAAUCGAUAAAGACGCCAUCACUGAAGACCAAAUUGAGUCAAAUAAAUCAAAAAAUAUUAUUUUUGAAAAAGUAAUAUCUCAUCCCGUCACACAUGGAGACAAGUAUAACAACAACGUGUCGUCACUAGAAGAAACGGAUUCAAAUCUCAUUUUAAAAAACCCAAACGAGAAUUCUGCUAUUAUUAACGCAAAGCUUAUUCUUAAAAACAAUGACGAUACAGCCAAUGUACCAAGAUUCGAAGUCAAAGAUCUACUUUCUGAGAGAAUCCAAGAACACAUAAAUGAAAAUUAUGAAUUGCCACCGCAUUCAAAUAACCAAAUUACCCCUAAACGCUCGUCUGAUAUCGCCAUUAAUGAAGAGCUUAUUCCUAAAGGUAAUGAAGAAACAGGUCCGUCCAGUUUUGAAAUCAAAGAAGUAAUUUCUGACAAAACCGAUGCAAAAGUUGUUGACAAUUGUGAAUCAGCGUCUCAUUUAGAUGAGACUAUUUCUGUCGCUUCUGAUAAAGUGUCUGAGGUUAUUACAAACGCAAAAUUCACUCUUAAAGAAAAUGAAAAUGCAACUAAUGAAUCAAGUUUUGAAGCCAAAGAAGUAAUUCCUGAAAAAAACCAUGGAAAAAUGGAUGAAAAUUAUGAAUCGCCCCCACAUUCAUAUGAGCAAAUUUCUAUAGAUCCUAACAAAGGGUCUGAGACUUCCAUUAAAGAAACGAUUUUAUCUAAAAGUAAUGAAGAAAUAAAAAACCCUUCCAGUUGUGAAAUCAAAGAAGUAAUUUCUGACAAGAGCGUUGAAAGAGUAGCUGACAAUAAUGAAUCCGUGCCUCAUUUGAUUGAGAGUAUUUCUCUCGUUCCUGUUAAAAUGCCUGAGGCUGUUACUAACGCAAAGUUCACUCUUAAAGAAAAUGAAACUGCAACUAAUGAAUCAAGUUUUGAAGCCAAAGAACUAAUUCCUGCAAGAAACCAUGACAAAAUGGAUGAAAAUUAUGAAUCGCCACCACAUUCAGCUAAGCCAGUUGCUGUCGCACCUAAUAAAGUGUCUGAGACUUCCGUUAAAGAAACGAUUAUAUCUAAAAGUAAUGAAGAAAUAAAAAGUACAUCCAGUUGUGAAAUCGAAGAAGAGAUCUCUGACAAAACCGAUUCAAAAGUAGCUGAUAAUUGUGAAUCAGCGUCUCAUUUAGAUAAGGCUAUUUCUCUCGCUUCUGAUAAAGUGUCUGAGGUUAUUACAAACGCAAAGUUUAUUCUUAAAAACAAUGACGAUACAACCAAUGUAUCAAGUUUUGAAGACAAAGAACUAAUUCCUGCAGGAAACCAUGAAAAAACUGAUGAAAAUUUUGAAUCGCCACCACAUUCAUAUGAGCAAAUUUCUAUAGCUCCUAACAAAGGGUCUGAGACUUCCAUUAAAGAAACGAUUUUAUCUAAAAGUAAUGAAGAAAUAAAAAACCCUUCCAGUUGUGAAAUCAAACAAGUAAUUUCUGACAAGAGCGUUGAAAGAGUAGCUGACAAUAAUGAAUCCGUGCCUCAUUUGAUUGAGAGUAUUUCUCUCGUUCCUGUUAAAAUGCCUGAGGCUGUUACUAACGCAAAGUUCACUCUUAAAGAAAAUGAAACUGCAACUAAUGAAUCAAGUUUUGAAGCCAAAGAACUAAUUCCUGCAAGAAACCAUGGAAAAAUGGAUGAAAAUUAUGAAUCGCCACCACAUUCAACUGAGCCAGUUGCUAUCGCACCUAAUAAAAUGUCUGACACUUCCGUUAAAGAAACGAUUAUAUCUAAAAGUAAUGAAGAAAUGAAAAGUACAUCCAGUUGUGAAAUCGAGGAAGAGAUCUCUGACAAAACCGGUUCAAAAGUAGCUGAUAAUUGUGAAUCAGCGUCUCAUUUAGAUAAGGCUAUCUCUCUCGCUUCUGAUAAAGUGUCUGAGAUUAUAACAAACGCAGAGUUGAUUCUUAAAAACAAUGACGAUACAACCAAUGUACCAAGUUUUGAAGCCAAAGAACUAAUUCCUGCAAGAAACCAUGACAAAAUGGAUGAAAAUUUUGAAUCGCCACCACAUUCAUAUGAACAAAUUUCUAUAGCUCCUAACAAAGGGUCUGAGACUUCCAUUAAAGAAACGAUUUUAUCUAAAAGUAAUGAAGAAAUAAAAAACCCUUCCAGUUGUGAAAUCAAACAAGUAAUUUCUGACAAGAGCGUUGAAAGAGUAGCUGACAAUAAUGAAUCCGUGCCUCAUUUGAUUGAGAGUAUUUCUCUCGUUCCUGUUAAAAUGCCUGAGGCUGUUACUAACGCAAAGUUCACUCUUAAAGAAAAUGAAAAUGCAACUAAUGAAUCAAGUUUUGAAGCCAAAGAACUAAUUCCUGCAAGAAACCAUGGAAAAAUGGAUGAAAAUUAUGAAUCGCCACCACAUUCAACUGAGCCAGUUGCUAUCGCACCUAAUAAAAUGUCUGACACUUCCGUUAAAGAAACGAUUAUAUCUAAAAGUAAUGAAGAAAUGAAAAGUACAUCCAGUUGUGAAAUCGAGGAAGAGAUCUCUGACAAAACCGGUUCAAAAGUAGCUGAUAAUUGUGAAUCAGCGUCUCAUUUAGAUAAGGCUAUCUCUCUCGCUUCUGAUAAAGUGUCUGAGAUUAUAACAAACGCAGAGUUGAUUCUUAAAAACAAUGACGAUACAACCAAUGUACCAAGUUUUGAAGCCAAAGAACUAAUUCCUGCAAGAAACCAUGACAAAAUGGAUGAAAAUUUUGAAUCGCCACCACAUUCAUAUGAACAAAUUUCUAUAGCUCCUAACAAAGGGUCUGAGAUUUCCAUUAAAGAAACGAUUAUAUCUAAAAGUAAUGAAGAAAUAAAAAGCUCAUCCAGUUGUGAAAUCAAAGAAGUAAUUUCUGACAAAAGCGAUGAAAGAGUAGCUGACAAUAAUGAAUCCGUGCCUCAUUUGAUUGAGAGUAUUUCUCUCGUUCCUGUUAAAGUGCCUGAGGCUGUUACUAACGUAAAGUUCACCCUUAAAGAAAAUGAAAAUGCAACUAAUGAAUCAAGUUUUGAAGCCAAAGAACUAACUCCUGGAAGAAACCAUGGAAAAAUGGAUGAAAAUUAUGAAUCGCCACCACAUUCAACUGAGCCAGUUGCUAUCGCACCUAAUAAAAUGUCUGACACUUCCGUUAAAGAAACGAUUAUAUCUAAAAGUAAUGAAGAAAUAAAAAGUACAUCCAGUUGUGAAAUCGAGGAAGAGAUCUCUGACAAAACCGAUUCAAAAGUAGCUGAUAAUUAUGAAUCAGCGUCUCAUUUAGAUAAGGCUAUCUCUCUCGCUUCUGAUAAAGUGUCUGAGAUUAUAACAAACGCAGAGUUGAUUCUUAAAAACAAUGACGAUACAACCAUUGUACCCAGUUUUGAAGACAAAGAACUAAUUCCUGCAGGAAACCAUGAAAAAUUUGAUGAAAAUUUCAUAUCGCCACCACAUGAGCAAAUUUCAAUCGCUCCUAACAAAGGGUCUGAGAUUUCCAUUAAAGAAACGAUUAUAUCUAAAAGUAAUGAAGAAAUAAAAAGCCCAUCCAGUUGUGAAAUCAAAGAAGUAAUUUCUGACAAAAGCGAUGAAAGAGUAGCUGACAAUAAUGAAUCCGUGCCUCAUUUGAUUGAGAGUAUUUCUCUCGUUCCUGUUAAAGUGCCUGAGGCUGUUACUAACGUAAAGUUCACCCUUAAAGAAAAUGAAAAUGCAACUAAUGAAUCAAGUUUUGAAGCCAAAGAACUAACUCCUGGAAGAAACCAUGGAAAAAUGGAUGAAAAUUAUGAAUCGCCACCACAUUCAACUGAGCCAGUUGCUAUCGCACCUAAUAAAAUGUCUGACACUUCCGUUAAAGAAACGAUUAUAUCUAAAAGUAAUGAAGAAAUGAAAAGUACAUCCAGUUGUGAAAUCGAGGAAGAGAUCUCUGACAAAACCGGUUCAAAAGUAGCUGAUAAUUGUGAAUCAGCGUCUCAUUUAGAUAAGGCUAUCUCUCUCGCUUCUGAUAAAGUGUCUGAGAUUAUAACAAACGCAGAGUUGAUUCUUAAAAACAAUGACGAUACAACCAUUGUACCCAGUUUUGAAGACAAAGAACUAAUUCCUGCAGGAAACCAUGAAAAAAUGGAUGAAAAUUUCAUAUCGCCACCACAUGAGCAAAUUUCAAUCGCUCCUAACAAAGGGUCUGAGAUUUCCAUUAAAGAAACGAUUUUAUCUAAAAGUAAUGAAGAAAUAAAAAACCCAUCCAGUUGUGAAAUCAAAGAAGUAAUUUCUGACAAGAGCGUUGAAAGAGUAACUGACAAUAAUGAAUCCGUGCCUCAUUUGAUUGAGAGUAUUUCUCUCGUUCCUGUUAAAGUGUCUGAGGCUGUUACUAUGAAAGAUGAAAAUUAUGAAUCGCCACCACAUUCAACUAAGCCAGUUGCUAUCGCACCUAAUAAAGUGUCUGAGACUUCCGUUAAAGAAACGAUUAUAUCUAAAAGUAAUGAAGAAAUGAAAAGUACAUCCAGUUGUGAAAUCGAGGAAGAGAUCUCUGACAAAACCGGUUCUAAAGUAGCUGAUAAUUGUGAAUCAGCGUCUCAUUUAGAUAAGGCUAUCUCUCUCGCUUCUGAUAAAGUGUCUGAGAUUAUAACAAACGCAGAGUUGAUUCUUAAAAACAAUGACGAUACAACCAUUGUACCCAGUUUUGAAGACAAAGAACUAAUUCCUGCAGGAAACCAUGAAAAAAUGGAUGAAAAUUUUAUAUCGCCACCACAUGAGCAAAUUUCAAUCGCUCCUAACAAAGAGUCUGAGACUUCCAUUAAAGAAACGAUUAUAUCUAAAAGUAGUGAUGAAAUAAAAAACAUACCCAGUUUUGAACUCACGCCUCAUUUAGAUAAGAUUAUUUCUCCCGUUCCUAAUAAAUUAACUGAGGUUAUUACAAACGCAAAGUUCAUUCUUAAAGACAAUGAAGAUGCAACUAAUGAAUCAAGUUUUGAAGCCAAAGAGGAAAUUUCUAAAGGAGCCUAUGAAAAAAUGGAUGAACAUUUUGAUUCGCCACCACAUUCAAAUGAGCAAAUUUCUAUCGCUCCUAACAAAUCCUCUGAUACCGCCAUUAAUGAAGAGACUAUUUCUAGAGCUAAUGAAGAGAAAAGCCACCCAUCAAGCCUUGAAAUGAAAGAAACAGCUAAUGGUAAUUUCACAUCUGAUAAUAUUAUUGGAUCACGAAAUCCAAAUGGGGUUGUCGGUACUAACAAUAGUAAACCAAAUGUAGAACGUAUGAUGUAUCAAAAAAAGACGAAGCAAUCAAAUAAGGAUAAUGUAAAAGACAAUGUAAAAGAUCAUUUUAUUGGAAGGCCACUCGAUGCGCGUGUAGCUGAAAUUCACUUAAAAUCGUUCAAAACUGAUGUUAAAAUGCCUUGGUAUGAAAAUGGGACUUUAAUUAACACAGAGUUUCGAAAUGAAAUAAGUAAGAAUGAUAUAGAAUGUACGUCGCCAAGAAACAGGCAGAAUUCGAGUGGCAUUGUACUUCCUCUACCUACGGUUGGAGAUGUGUGUAAUAAAACGGAAAUUUUAAAUAGUUUAAAUGACAGUGCCUGUGAAAAAGAUUCUCUCGAAAUUUCUUCCCCCAAAGAGACUGACAUCGAGGAAGACUCGUUAGAAAUAGGAUUGAUAACAGAAGACAAACCUCCCCUAAACAAUACCAGUAAUAAAACACGUACUGAGGUAUUGAAUAAAUCUGGUGUUCAAACAGAAUGCAUAUGCCCGAAUGAAUCCACAAGCGAUAGAAAACACUUAAACGAAACAGACAAUGCUAUUCACUAUAAUAUUGAACACACUGAAACUCCAAUAGAUAUGGAAUGCCAAAAAAAACUAUUCGAAGAUCUCAAAAAAGUUGAGGGUUUAACUGGAAUCAAAAGCGAAAAUACAGAAACAACUGAAGAAGAAUUACACUUUCGCAAAACAUCUUUACAGGACUCUGCACGAUUUUAUUUGUCGAAACCCGAUAACCAUUUUACAGCAAAGCCGUAUGAACUCAUAAAAGAACAAAAACCCAUGAACACUUUAAAUGCUGAAACGUUCGGUCGAAACAAUUCAUUUGAUGAAAUAGAAGGCGGAGAAUUCACUAUAAACGGGUUGGAUACAAUCAUUGAAGUUAACGAAGGAGACAAUAAAGACGGAAUGAAAAAUGAAAACGAAACUGACUUUUCCUCUGAAACUGCUAGCGAUUUGUCAAGCAGUUGGACUGAAUCAAAAGAAUCAGAUGAAUUUAUUCUAUCAGAAGAAUUUGAGGGUAUAUUUGAAACAUUUAGCAGUAAUCGUCCGAAAUCUUUUAACACAAUUGCAGAAGUUCAGGGUGGAAUAUAUGAAACAAAAAAAAUUAAAAUUAACGCUGAUGAAGAAUUGGGUCUAGAAGACCGUAACUUAAAAUCAAAACAUAAAAACAAUUUGUUAAAUUAUACUGAAAAAGAGAAUAAUUCCGCUGAAUCUAGUUUGACUUUACUAAUUAAAAUGGGUAUAGAAGAUCAAGAUACAUCUGAAUCUAAAUCUAAAAACUGCAACAGCCCAGAAACUACAAGCAUUAAUGCCACCAAAUCUAAAUAUGAGGAAGAUGUGAGUAAAAAUAUACAUCAAGCUGCUGCUGCAAUACAAAGUAAUUCGGCAAAGUAUUUAGCUGCAUCCAUAAUUCAAAGAAAUAUUAGAAGAUAUUUGGAUAGUAAACGUAAGGAAAUGGAUAGUGGUUUUCCGGGAAAACAGGAAGGCUUGCCUGUUAACUUAGAAUCUGAAAAUACAAAUAAGAGUGAGUUUCAAGUCAGCUUUAACUCGGAAACAACUUUGAAGGAAACUGAGAACCUUAAAAAAGAUUACAGAGAUAGAUAUGAAAGUAGUCAUGAGAUCAAUAUAGAAGAACCCCAUGUUAAUCAGCACAACAAAAGAAAAAAUCUCAUAACUUCAAAAAAAUGGACCAACGAAAAAGCAGCAGCUGUCAUUCAAAAGGCAUACAAAACAUAUUUAUAUUACAAGUGUAAAGAAAGAAACACAGAAAUAUCACAUGCAGUACAUAAAUAUAACAAUAAAUUGUCUGCUAAUCAAUGCACAUCAAAGAAAAAUUCCUUGGUGGAAAGUGAUGCCACACCAUGUCCUACAAGUGAGAGCAAAGUUAAUUGGUUUGUGGGAGUAGAACCUAUUAAAACGUCGAUGGAGUUAAAUAAAAUUACACAAAAUUUGCCAGAAGCUAAACCUUUAUUCAAUAAUUACGAAUCAGGCCCAGAUGAAGUAAAUAUCAACACAGCACUAAUUUUACCUGAAGAUUCAAUUGGUAUCCAGCGAAACUUACAAAGAGAUGCUGACCCAAUUUCCAACUCCUAUUUUAUACCAAGGAACCAAGAUUCAGGAGAAGACGGAGCUCAAGUAAAUAACUCAAUUUCCGAGACCAUUCAAGUCGUUUACAACUUUCUAUUUGCUGAAAGGCGCCUCUAUUUAAAGUCCAGAGAUGAAAACAAUCAACAGAUUAUCGAUGAUUCGAAAUCAUUUGACUAUUCCGAGUGUAUUGAAACCUGUGUGCCUUUUGAGCAUUUACAAAAAUUUGCUGAAACAACUCAAAAUGAAGGCGAUGAAAACCAUUUUAUCGACGAAGCUGCCAACAAGUUACGUGGCACAGAUGAAUUAGUUGACAACAUGCAGAAGCGUCUGCUCUGUAGAAGCAGCUCUUUCGAUUCUGCAAAUGAAAAGGUCAGAAGGCAGAGAAGCUUUGAAGAGCCCGUUAUCUGGGUCAUGCAGGAUAUACAGGAAAGUAAAAAAUCUACGCCUGAUACGGAAGAUGACAAAGUAGUAGUGAAACCAAUGGAAAUCGAAGAUACCCGUGAAAGUUCAGGAUUAAGCGAAUCUAUAAUCAUUAGCCAUAUGUCCAUCGAUGAGGACGAAAAUGACAGAUUGGAAAAUCCUCUAAAAAUUGAAGAGGCAUUUGAAAGGCAUUUUACUAAGCCACUAGAGGACUCUGAACUUUCUGUAGGAACCAUAAUGAAUGAUAACGUGGAAGAAUAUUUUCAUUCGGAAAAACAUACAUAUAAAAACAAAACAAACUCAUGUAGCAUAUAUUUAGACGAUGAUACUUCAGAAAACAUUAGAAAAAAAAUGAUGGCCUCUUCACUAACUGAAACAGAAUCUGAUGCAUCGGAUGAUCCGAUUUCUGAUAGCAGAGCAACUCAGCUGACGGAUUUCAACAUAUGUACUAUUAUAAACGACACAACUGGCACUUCAAGUGACACUGAAUCAACAAUAAUUUCCACCGCAGAAAAAGCACAUGGUGUAGAUAAUCCUAUUCGAUUAAAGAGUGACGAUACCAUCGACCAGUCUUCAGAAAUACUUGCCGAGGAAAAUUCACCCAAGAAAAUGUCCACAUCAUAUCGCAACUAUCAUCGAAAAAGAGAUUUAGAACUACGUAAUACUAUAGCACGUCGCAUGACUUUUCAAAGGGGCGAUGCAAUACGGAAUGAUUCCAUGCCUGAUGAAGAAAAAUUAUGUAGUACAAAUAUUGAGCAGCAGAAGGGAUCAAUAGAAAAAUAUAUUUCCCAUUCAAAAGGGGAGCCUUGGCCAGGGGCCCGCCUCGACGUGGUCCUCCGUGAAGACAUCCCCAAUCGGCCAAGAUCAAGAGCCUGGAUACCAGAGUUCCACACCGACCCAGAGGAAGUGUUGGAACUGCUCAAACUAGGCAACCCCGAGCUACCUACCAGCGAUUGGAAAGUAGCAAAGAUCGGCGAAGUGGAUGGCAAGAGGAGACUAGCGGUGAUCAUCCUAAAUGAGGAAUCACUGGAUCCACUCGCUAACUUGAAAUGGAAGGUGAACUACGGCUUCCAAUCACUGACACUCCAUGUCUACAGACAGGAUGUAGCCAGUAAAGGCAGCUCCGCAGACAACUUGACGUCAUCCGCGGAGGAGACGACGGUUGCGUUAGACAACCUAACGGACGACGAGGUGGCAUCCAAUUCCGGUAUGGUAGGCGAACUCUUCCGAAGGGUUACCCUAGAGGAUAUGGGGGAAUAUUCCGAUCUCUCAGACGCUCUGGAGGACGAGGAAUAUAUUCCCACUUCCUCUGACGAGGAGAUCGCUGACCAAACCGUGGUUGGCUGUCAUCUAACAACGCACACCAACGAUGGUGGGGGUUGUACAGAUCAACCUCCACCACACGAUGCGGACAACGCAGUUAUAUCAGUGGAGUCCUGCGGAAGGACAAUAUGGCUUGCCUCGUCCUAUAUGGCACAUGACGCGGUACAACCACCACCAUCUCCACUCCUAAGAGGUGCAACAGAGGAAGCCGCGAGACGUGGCAUACCACUAAUCCUGGGCGCAGAUGCAAAUGCUCACCAUCAUGUCUGGGGUAGUACAGACACUAACGAACGCGCAAUAUAG